AUGCUGUCGGUAACCUUCUUCCUCCUUACGCUUACAUGUUUGGAUACUGCAAAAGGCAGUCAGGAUAUCCGGGUUAUCGCCUUUCGAGGGGAAACGGAUGAUGCCACCAACAGGUUCCUACGAUCUGCGAAAGUGUUUGGCUACCACUUUCAGGAAAUCGAUCUUUCACGGUAUGGACGUACAACGGAGAUGGUUCCGGACUCGGUGAAGACGAAGUAUCUCCGAAAUUAUCUCCAGACCCUUGAGGACGAUGAGCCUACCUAUGUUCUUGUGGUUGACGGCCACUCCACCAUCCUCCUGGCUCGUCCUUUGGAUCUGCUUGAUAAGGCCACUAGCGUGGGCUCGGACAUUUUAUUCAUUGAAGACGAUAAGGACUUAGGGGAAUCACAGUCGGAAGCACAUCUGCUCUUCAAGGGUACCUUCGCCAAGACGAAACUUCUUAAGCUGGCUCUUGCUAAGGCGGAGGAUGCAACGGACGUCUCACGUUCCUUGGUCGCCAUCCAGGAGGAGUUGGGUGCGAAGGUGACGGUUGACAGAGACUCCCAGUUCUUCCAGCUGGUAACGAACACUUCGGAUGAACUGAAAAUUCGCUUUGAAUACGACCGAGGUUACGUGCAGAACACACACAAGGACACCAUUCCAGUCGUGGCAGUGGCGUCAUCCAACGGAAAGGUAAGUUACACAUUUCAGCCAAUUUAA